AUGGAGAAUUGUUAUAAUGUUGAGUCUACAUCAUCAUCAUUAUCAUCAUCAUCGUUAUCAUCAUCAUCAUCCAUAUCAUUAUCAUCGUGCUAUUCUUAUCCAUAUGUGAAUUGUUGUUCCUCAUAUGAUACUUAUGGUACUUAUCCAUUCAAUGGAUUUUAUGGUACUUAUGAAUCAAACAAAUAUUAUCAGCAGUUACCAGACACCACUAAUGAUUAUCAUCAAACUCAAGCAUACUAUCCACAUUAUCGUGCAUCAAUUGCAUCUACCUCUGAUUAUUCACAGUUAUUUCUAAAUGGUACCAUUCCAAAUAAUUACUCUUCUGCCACUACUACUACUGCUGCUGCUACCACAGCAAAUUAUAGUAGCAUUAAUUAUGGUAGAGGAAAUCGAAGUAAUCAUCAAAGACCUAAAUAUGCGUGGAUGCUAGAACGUGACAAGGAUCAUCACCAAUCACGUCAUUUACAGCAAACUGUUAGAUCUACAACUGAUACCGUAAUCACAUCACAAACAGGUCGUACAUCAUAUAGUACACCACAGGUUGUUGAAUUGGAAAAAGAAUUCCGUACCAAUCGCUAUUUGAAUAAGCAACGACGAAAUGAACUUGCAACACUAUUAGCGCUUACUGAUCGACAAAUUAAAAUUUGGUUUCAAAAUAGACGAAUGAAAGAGAAGAAGCAACGAUUAGCUGCUGCUCUACCACAUAAACUUAUUGUUACUACUAGUACUGCUACUUCUACUACCACUAGUAUUACUGAUACUAUUAUUAAUAGUAGCAAUAAUGCUACAACAACAAUAGCAACAACAACAACAACAACAACAACAACAGCUACUACAAUUAAUACGAUGAAUUACAAUAGUAAUUCACAGAGUAAUAAUAAUGAUAUACAAAUUAUUAUAUCAUCACCUGAGACUUUCUUUCAUAAUGUUAAUAAUUGUAUUAAUAAUCAGAUUGAAAAUGAUGAAGAAAAUAAUAGCAUAAGUAAUUGCAGUAAUAGUAAUAAUAUUGAAAUGAAAAAAGAGAAAGAAGUUGAAAUAGUAGGAACAAUAAUUAAUGAAGUAGCUAAUAGAAUAUGCUAUACAUCACUCUAA